AUGCGCGGGCGCGGGCUCGAGCUGUCGGUGGUGGCGCACAGCAGCGCGGCAACGGCGUGCGCGGGCGCGUCGGCGUGGCCCGCAGCGCUGCUGGUGCUGAGAGCUCUCCAGGGUGCGCGAUUGCCGCUGGACCUGAAGGCUUUCGGCGUGGCGCUGAGCGCUUGCGACAAGGGCCACCAGUGGCGCGGCGCCCUGGCGCUUCUGCACGAGAUGUCCGACCGCGGCCUGGAGCCCGACGUGGUGGCCUGCAACGCGGCCAUCAGCGCCUGCGGCAGAGCCCAGGCCUGGGCGCGCGCGCUGCAGCUGCUGGGCGCCCUCUGCACGGUGGGCCCGGCGCCGAGCGUGGUCUCUUUCGGUGCGGCUGCGAGCGCUUGCGAGCGCGGCCAGCAGUGGCAGCACGCCCUUGGGCUCUUGGACACGGCGUGGCAGCGGGCGAUCCCGCCGGACACGAUCGCCUACAGUGCUGCCGUGAGCGCCUGCGAGAAGGGCCGCCAGUGGCCCCAGUCGUGCGCGCUGCUGCGAGAGGCGGCCUUCCACGACCUCAGGUUGGACGCCAUCGCGUUCAACUCCGCCAUGACGGCGUGUGAGAAGAGCACGCAGUGGGAGCGCGCUCUGGAGCUCUUCCGGGGCAUGCCCAUCCGAAGCGUGGAGCCAGACCAGGUCAGCUACGACGUCGCCGUUGCGGCCUGCAAGGCGGGCGCUCGCUGGGCGCAGGGGUUGGCGUUGAUGGACCAGCUCUCCGCGCGGGAGGGUCUGAGCCCGAACGAGAUGACGUGCGGCCUGGUGCUGAGCAGCUGCGCCCAGGCCCGCGCCUGGGCCGAGGCUCUGCUCCUGUGGGAGGACUUCCAGAGUCGCCGCCUGACGCCGAACGCGCUCACGGUCAGUGCAGUGGUCUCCGCCUGUGAGAAGGGGCAGCUGUGGGCGAGCGCCCUGGCGCACCUCCGAGAGAUGCCGCGGCGCCAGCUGAGGCCAGACGCGGCGGUGUACCGGGCGGUGAUCUUGGCUCUCGCGGCGGGCGACCAGGACGACCUGGCCAUGCGCGCGUACUGCGAGGCCCUCGAGGUCGAGGCCUUCGAGCCCUGGAAGCGCCAGGGCGUGCUGGACCUGCACGGGAUGCCGGUGGAGGUGGCGGUCAUUGCG